UCCAUUCAUCCCGGCGGCGGCGGCGGCGGCGGGCGCGGGGCGGCGGGGCGCCGGGCGGGCGGCGCGGACCCCAGCCCAGCCCAACGCGGCGGGGCGCGGAGCGACGCGGUAGGGUCCGACCCGACCCGACCCGACCUGACCCGGCCCGGCCCGGCGGAGCGGCGGUGCCCCGGCGCUGUGUGCGGCCGGCCGGUCGGUCGGUCUGUCGGUCGGCUGGAAGCCUGCGUUCCCUGCGGCUCACGUGAAGACCCGAGAGAUCUCCGCUGUGGAAAUGCGCUUUCUCUGAGCUGUCGUCUGGGCUGGAGGCUGUCACUUCUAACCCUGGCCGGCAACUUUGGGGGUUUGACCUUCCCCGGUUCUUUCCGUCUCUCUCCGUGGGGGUCAGCGGCUCUUCCACCCCCGCCCGCCGCCACCUACUUACUCUUUUGCGGAAGGAAAGCUUUCACUCGUUCAAAAGUAGUGGGUUUUGGUUGUCUUUUUUUUUCUUGUCUUUUUUUUUUUUUAUUAUUGCUGGUUGCUUGCUUUUGGUUUGCAGUGUGUGCGUGUGCGUGGGGGCUCUCCGCGCAGGCUGGCAGUAUCCAUCCCGCUGGCUGGAGGCGGUCGAGAGAAAAGCCAUGUUUCCGAAAGCAGGCUUCCACCUGCUGCGGUUAAAAUAUUGUUAAGCAGCCGGUUCCUGUGGCCGAAUUAGAGGAAGACUGCCUCAGAUACUAAAAAAAAAAAAAAAAAAAAAAAAGAAUUGGCAAUGACUGCCGAAGUUGUUGCAGACUGUUGGUUUGACUGCUGAGCAGGACGUGAGUGAGAGAGAGCGCUGUUGCACACACAAAACCACAGAGAGAACCCACAAUUUAACCAACAUCCCCAAAAACAAGUUUUCAGCUGUGGACCUUUUAGCCUCAGAGCUUGCGAUCGGCUGCGACCUUUCUUUAAAUUGAUGAAAGACGUUAUACCAAAGACAAGUACAAAGAUAGAGAUUUAAAGCUUGAAUGCCAUGCACUGAGCUUUUUAUUUUUUCUUUUCUUUUUCUUAUUUUUGCUCAAGAAUGACUGAAAGGUCAUGACACGAGUACUCUUAGAGCACCGCGAACCAAACUACUGAAGCUGAAUUUCAAGGCUGCUUUAAAAAAAAAAUCUUGCCGAGAACAUUAAUGGAUUCCCGUUGUGUUUAAAUUCUCUACAGAUUAUAUUGUAAAUAUUUUAUGAAGUACAGUAUAUGUGUGCGUGCGUGUGUGUACGUGAAUAUAUAUACAGUUGUAGCCAGCUGACCUUUGAUCAGAAAGUCUAGCUCGUGUACUGCCUUCUCUGAAGACUGACCCCGAAUUUCCCUCUCUUAAAGAGCGAUUUUUGCCUACGGAAGAAGUUGAUGUAUUUUGUUUUCUCUUGGGACUGUAGAGAAAUCACCUGGAAGAAACUGAUAGGCAACUGACUGUCUGGGAAGCCCAGGUUUUGCAUGUGUUUCUGACCGCGUCUUGUAUUUGACUUGCCUAUUUUUUUUUUCCACGGUGCUUGGGAGUUUGGAAGGAGCUUUCCCCCCGAUAACUUUUUGCGUCACGGCUGCAGACUAGAUGCACAGGCGUCGCGGUAAAGCCCCGCACGGACGACCCUUUCGCUUAUCGGAUUAACGUGAUCUGUCCCGCCGCGCCAGGAAGCCAAGAGUUAAGUCUCGGCGUGCUCGCUAUCUCAGCCGCCUUCAGCAAAAAAUUAACUUUGGGGACUGGCGUAGAAACACGUUUCCCCCGAGUCCUCAGCCUGUAUCCGUUUAUGUUGGUCCCCAGAGAGCAGAUCGCUGAAGAGUUACGCUCGUUUCGCUGUUUUGUAAAAACUCUGUGGAGGUCUUUCACUCAAAAGGCUUGUUGUGAUGCGUAUCCCCGUAGAUACCAGCACCAGCCGCCGCUUCACGCCGCCCUCCACCACGCUGAGCCCGGGGAAGAUGACCGAGCCGCUGCCGCUGCCCGGCGCCGAGCACAGCGGCGCCCUGCCGGGGAAGCUGCGCAGCGCCGACCGCAGCAUGGUGGAGGUCCUGGCGGAUCAUCCCGGGGAGCUGGUGCGCACCGACAGUCCCAACUUCCUCUGCUCCGUGCUGCCCACCCACUGGCGCUGCAACAAGACGCUGCCCAUCGCCUUCAAGGUGGUGGCCUUGGGAGAUGUGCCCGAUGGGACGCUGGUAACGGUCAUGGCUGGAAACGAUGAAAACUACUCUGCAGAACUCAGAAAUGCCACAGCCGCCAUGAAAAACCAAGUAGCAAGGUUCAACGACCUCCGAUUCGUGGGUAGAAGUGGAAGAGGAAAAAGCUUCACGCUGACUAUCACGGUCUUCACAAAUCCACCACAAGUAGCCACAUACCACAGAGCCAUCAAGAUAACAGUGGAUGGACCUCGCGAACCCAGAAGACAUCGUCAGAAAAUAGAUGAGCAGACAAAGCCCGGGAGCUUGUCCUUUUCAGAGCGCCUGAGUGAACUGGAGCAGUUGCGUCGUACGGCCAUGAGGGUCAGCCCACACCACCCAGCCCCCACACCCAACCCACGAGCCUCCUUGAACCACACCACUGCUUUUAACCCUCAGCCUCAGAGUCAGAUUCAGGGUCUCUUUCUCAUUGCAGACACAAGGCAAGUACAGCCAUCUCCACCGUGGUCCUACGAGCAGUCCUACCAGUACCUGGGCUCCAUUGCCACCCCCUCCGUGCACCCCGCCACGCCAAUAUCACCCGGCAGGGCUAGCGGCAUGACAUCCCUCACCGCAGAGCUUUCAAGCCGGCUGUCAAGUGCUUCUGACUUGACUGCGUUCAGUGACCCCCGGGUGGGAAUCGACCGCUCGUUCUCCGCGCUCCCCUCCAUCUCCGACCCUCGGAUGCACUACCCAGGAGCGUUCACCUACACGCCGACGCCCGUCAGUUCAGGGAUAGGAAUUGGUAUGUCUGCCAUGUCCACGGCCACCAGAUACCACACUUACCUCCCGCCUCCCUACCCCGGCUCAUCGCAGGCCCAAGGCAGCCCGUUCCAGACCAGCUCGCCCUCCUACCACCUCUACUACGGAACCUCUGCCGGCUCCUAUCAGUUCUCCAUGAUCUCGGGGGGAGACCGGUCCCCCCCGCGCAUCCACCCCCCCUGCACCAACGCCUCCACAGGAUCGACGCUCCUCAACCCCAACCUCCCCAACCAAAGUGAUGUGGUCGAGGCAGAAGGGAGCCACAGCAACUCCCCCACUAACAUGGCGACCACAGCCAGGCUAGAGGAAGCAGUGUGGCGACCAUACUGAAUGAAUUUUAAGUAGUUAAUGGGCCAGGACUAACGUGCUUUCCAUUUCCCGGUGCCCGUAGGUAUCCCAUAAACACCCAUCUUGCUUAUGGGCCCUGCCAUGUUCAUACAUCACUUUCAGAAGCAAACCCUCCAGAAGUCAGCGCUCCCAGGAGCGGUGGCAUGUGUUAGCCAGCCUCUGGCAAAGCGACGUCGCUCCAGCAAAGCAUCCCUCGCGGGGGGCUGAGCUUCUGGAAAGGAGGACGCCUGAGUUGGUGGUCCAGACGUAGCGAGGGUGGGUAGAAAGGUACCCAGUCUGUUUCCAGGCUUUCUAACGUGCCUGGGCUUGAAGGUCUCCACAGCCCUAAAGAGAGUUUUGGUUCACUUCUAUUUUUAAGACUUAAAAACCUUAAAAAAAAAUCUUAGUGAGUUUACUGCAUCUUAUGGACAUAUUAACUGUAAGGAAGUAUAGGAAGAUUCCCAGAGGGAAACUGUGAACGCUUCUGUUUUAGCAAUGCUGUGAAUGAGAGGUUUUAUAUGUUGGACUUCAUUCUUUCUUUUUUUUUUUUUUUUAAACCAUGUUGUAUAUUCCAAAGAAUAUGGAAUUUUUUUAUUGCUGGGGGUAUUUUGUUUUGUUUUGGGUUUGUUUUUUUGGUUUUUUUUAGGAUGCAGCUCAUCCUGCUUUGCAUCUAAUUUGUUUUAUUUCUCUUGGCACCUUAUAAAUUGCAAAAAAAAAGAUUUUGCUCUUUUUUUUGGUUUAAUCAUGCUUGCUUCUUUCUUGCUUUGUCAACUGAAAGAAUCAGCCCCUUUUUCAAUGAGUUAAUUUAACUUUUUUCUCUUGGACUUUUUUUUAAAAAUACAACGGCUACAGCCUUGGGUCAUUUUCAACUACUGUACUACUUUGAUGAGUUCAUUGAUAUUUAUGCUUGAUAUUUAGACUUUUCUUAUUUGUUGAUACUAUUAUUAUUUAAAUAUGCCUAUAUUAAAAAAAAGAUCAGCAAUUGCCUUUUUUGGUAGCAGCCAAAGUCAAAUUUAUCACAUUGAAAAAGGCUGGAAUAACGAUGGGUAAAGUGACCUCCUAAUUACCUAGAAAUAUUGUUUACAAUUAUCUCACUCUCAUUUUACUCAGCUGACUGGGCUCAGAUCCUCAAAGGCAUUUAGGUGCCCAACUCCCACUGAAACGAUUUAGGCACCAAGAUCCCUGUGAAUUUCUGUGCCUUCCCACCCAGUGGAGUCAUCUCUCCCUACUCCUUCCUCUCUUUUCCUUCGUCACCAGCGGUGACCCUCCGGAUUAGUAAUCAGGACGUACAUAUUUCAUGAGGCAGACUCAAUAUUCCCUAACUAAACACAUCCCCACAUGGCCCUGUUCUGCUCCCGAGCUUGCCUGGGCUUCCUAACAGCGCCAGUGGAUGCCUCCUAGUCUUUCAAAAGCAAAAUCCAGCACGCAGCUAGCAUGGCAAGGGUGAAGUCCUGGCUCCAGUGGAAUCGGUGCGAGAUUUGCUCCCGGCUCAGCAGAGCCAAGAUUUCUGUGCAGUACAGAAGCCACGUUCCAGUGUGCUGGAAAAUAGAUUAGUUCACGCAUCACAAAAUAUAACUCGAACUUGAACAGGGUGGUCAAGCUCAUCUGGAAAGCAGGCUAGCAAAGAAGGGGCCUUAACGGUUCUUCCAUCACCAUCUUCUGAGGGAAGAGGAAGGGUAUUUAAAACUGGUGCAUACAACACUCUGUCCUGUAGCAAAUAUGCAAGGCUUAUACUAACAGCAUGUUUCAUACAGAGUCGUCAUCGUUGCCCAUCGUUACAGCACAAACAUAUCAGAUGUCACUGUAAAGUUUAUGGCACUAUUUUAUUUGAGGGUUUGGUCUGAAUGCAGUUGUUGUACUACUCAUUAAUUACAAACUGCUGAUGUUGACACGUGUGCGUUCCCAAUUAGCUGAUUAUUAUUUAAUGUACCUCUUAAAUGAGUGAAACAAUUGCAGGUCAACUCAGAGAGUAUUUGAAAGCAGGACUUCAGAUCAGUGUUUGAUGUUUAAAAAAAAUUAAAAGGAUUCAAAUUAAAAAGAUCCUUGGCUGCAGGCAGCAAAACAGCUGGACUUAUUUAAAACCAUUUGUUUUUCAAGUUUUCUUUUUUUAUAUAUGAUUUUGCUUCUUUGUUUAAAUCAGAUGCAGUAGCACUUUGGUAUUGAAAAGUUACAAAUUGAAGAAUUUACAUUGUCAAUAAGGUCAUUUUUGUGCAGAAAAUAGGGAGUGUUUCAAGAGAUCUCAGCAAAAGUUCAAAAUGUUUCUGUUAAAAUACAUGCAUGACCUUGUGCUUUUCAUUUAGUAUAAUAUUCUUUAUCAUUUUCUAGAGUUUGCUCUGAACAAAAAAGGCAGAAAACAUCAAAAUUAUAUCAGAACAGUUAAAAAUAUAUUUUGGAAGUAGGAGACCUUGCUGAAUACAGAAAUGCAGAGACCCUACCUGUUGUGACAUUUAGAUAGUUGGAAUCUCACCUCUUCAAGUAGCCUGAAAAAAAGUCCUUCAUCUCUAACCAGUAGCUCUGUUGCAGAAUCCAUCUUACACAUUCUCUGUCACUGUGCAAUUAAAUUCAUCAUUUACUACAGCUCUCACAUCUGCCUUGUGACUGGACCACCCAAGCGCAUAGUACAGUGAGCGUGAGCCCAGAAGUGAGGCAGAGGAGAGGAGAGGAGAGGAGAGGAGAGGAGAGGAGAGGAGAGGAGAGGAGAGGAGAGGAGAGGAGAGGAGAGGAGAGGAGAGGAGCGGAGCUCAGGGGAGCCAGAUGCCUCGCUGCAGAGGGCAGGGCCACCAUGGCCAGGUGACUUCAGCCCCAUGGCGGAAGUGAGGUAGAUGUGGUUAGUACACUCCCAGGCCUGUCUGUCACCACAGCCUGCUUUCUGCUAAAGCCCUUUGCCCCUUUUAGCCCGUAGUAUUGUACUACCCACUUUGGAAACGAAAAGAUCAGGGAUUCACGAGAAUGGGGAGUUGGUAUCUCUUAGCCUGGAGACGAGACCUAACUGUUGAACAUUCCUUAUGUCUUCACAUCUACUUUCUUUACACUUGUCCUAAAGGUGAAGUUUAAUUUUACUCUCCCUGGUGUGAACAGGAUGAGAGACUGCAGAACUGGUCACCAGACUUACCCUGCUUCUUCACUGACACGUAACAAAACCCAGGGAUUUCCCAGUGUCUCGCUUCUGAUAAUUGCCAGCAACCAAACUUUUUGAUUCUAACCUCUCUGUGUACAUCAAGCACAGCACAAAGCAGCGCCCUCUUUACAGAGGAAAGGCCAAGUUCAUUAUCCCUCGCAAUUAGUCUGUUUAAUCACUGUGAGUUUCAGCGUAUUCACACAAGUGCUUAUGAGAAACCACAGUUUACUCAAAUCUAUAUUUUUGUAGCCAUCCCCUGUCCCACUAAGGACAGCAAAAAUCUUCAAGGCUGUAAAAAUGCUCUCAUGUCAUUCCUCUUGUAUCUCAAGAGCACUUAGCAGGCAGGAAGAGGACAUUUGGAUAAAACAUUUCCCCCCUUCACAUCUCCAAAUUAUAGUGUAUAAGUAUAUAUUUUUAUAUAUAUAUAUAAUAUAUAUAUUUAUAUAGUUUUAUCAUCCUGGUAGCUGAAUGGAAUCAAAAAAGAACACAUUGUGCUUCUGUUUGCAAGUUGCAGUCAGCAGAGUGCCUUAGAUAUACCUUCCCCUACCGAAAUACAGUUAACGGCAGUCCUUACUAUCAGCUUGUGUGUUCCUUUCACAAGACACAACUUGUCGUCCAGACGCAGCCAUAUCAAACAACUUCAAAGCAAAUAUAGGGCCCGGCUCUCAUUUGCUCCAAGGUCCAUUACUCUGCUCUCAGACAACAUUUAUGUUCCUUUCAAGAGCUCCUGCUAUGCUUCCAGGGCGAUGUACAGGAGCUUUAGUGCAAGGGGGAGGCAGAUGCCGAGUGCAUCCCUGCUACGAAAGAUUUGAUUUGUAGAACUAUGCCAAAUUGUCUGCUGGAAAGGAGAAAAACCCUUUCCUCCAAAUGGCCCACAGUCUUUGCAGAGUGUUCCGAACUGCCUGCACUCUUGAAACAUUCAUUACUGCUUUCUGGGUGACCUUUUCCAUUGGUGCAUUUGAAGAUUGGGGAGAAGUGGAUCAUUUUUCUAUUUGAGCAAAACACUUGCUUGUUUUCCUGCAUCAUAACAUUUUCAUUUUUUAUUUUUUGUUAACCUUGCUUGGUCAGUACCGAUCACUUGGCGUUUUUCUCCUUGUCCUAAAAGGGUUGCAUCAACAGAGUUACUUGUAUUUAUGUAUGUAAAUAGAUUUCAAAAGCUUCAUAGCAAAAUAUUUAGUGCUUGUAAUUACUCUGCAUUUUUUUCAUUUUUCUGUGUUUUUAAUGAACUUACCUUUGUGUUUGCCUAAAUACUGUAGUGAGACUUAUUUCUUUCCGAAUUAGUUAUUUUAGGCUUCAAGAUUAACUACAUUUUAUUCACUUUUGUAAACAGUUAUAGCAUGGUCUCUAUUCAACAUUCUUCACUUUUUUGUGGUAGGGGAGAAAUGAAUGUGCAAAAAUCUGUGGGUUAUUUGUGGUAUUCUGGGUUUGACAGUUACAUCUUUCUUUAAAACGAAAACUAAACUUUCAGUCUGAGGUGGCUGUAUGGUUAAGUCCAAGGGGAGGACACAGCAGGGGGGGAGACGCCCUCCUAUCAGAAUGGCAUCAAAGCGUAUUUGUUCAGCAUUUACUGGCUAUGUUUACAAAACAGAUGCUGCAGCAUCCUGCAACAGUCACAUUUUCCCUUGACACAGUCAUGCUGAACAUUUCCAGAAGGGGAAACUACCAGGUUCUGGAAGUUUGCUUUUUUGUUUUUGAUUGCAGGGGAUUUUUCUU